UUGAUUACUUGUGGGAAAGGACGCCCUCUACCGUAUUCCCUGUCCCCUACAUGACUUGUCCCGGUUGUAACGGGUACUAGGGAGUGCGAGAGGCGAGUCCUCUCAUGUUUCCCUGUAGGAACAAUCUACAUCAAACCGUGACGCCCCGAGCCUGGUUAAACCAAAAGCUUGGACCGCGACACGAAGAUUUACCCAUUAACCUCAACCGGCGUCACCUAGAAAACCUGUAGGUUUACGGAGCAGCCCAAACGCGAGUGCUCCUGCUGUAUCGUCCUAUUUUCUGGCAGACUCCACGUCAGUCCCAGGGGAAACACUGGUGUAUGCAGUCACUAAGGAAAGCGGGUCAGUGGGACGUGUCUGAACACAUGUGUCGGUUAUGAAUCUUGGGUGGAGCGCCUUGCAGGUCGACGUCCAUAGCCUCCAGGAGCCCGGCCCUUUUGGCCUCCUCUUCAGCGCGGGGUGGGUGGGGCGGAGGGGCCGGGGGCGCCCUCUGGUGGCCGGGUGAAACUUUCUUCACCACCGCCACCGUGCCGCAGAGCAGAAGAGUCGCCCUUGCAAAAACUAUGUCCCCUGCCCACCCCAGUCCCCCGACCCUCUGCCAUGGUGACAUGAGACCCUGCGACGUCAAGAAGCCCGAUAUCAAACCACCCUUUUGGUCUUUCUCUUCAAAGGCAGAAGCAGCAGCAGAAGAGUGCGUUGCUGGCGUAGCCGCCGCUGCGCUCGUGUGAACAGACUAGAGGUGGUCACAGGGGGUGAUGAUGCUGACGUGCAGCAGGGUGCGGCGGCUCUACCGUCAGCUUACGCUGCAGACCAGCCUCCUCCUGCUCUUCCUCUUCUGCAUGGUCAGCGUCCUGGUGUCCGCCUACUUCCUGUACGGGGUGAAGCGGGAGCUGGAGCCCGCGGCGGGGCUAGCAGACGGCCCAGAGCAAGGUACCGCCGAUUGGGAUGACCUGCGUGCAGUCACCCCGUCCGCCUCUUCGCGGGUACUGCCUGCCCGGACUGCCAGGCCCUCGGACACGUCGCGCACAGACCCUAUGGUGCUUGUGUUCGUGGAGAGCCUCUACUCGCAGCUGGGGCAGGAAAUUGUGGCCAUCCUAGAGUCAGCCCGCUUCCGCUAUCAGACUGAGAUUGCGCCGGGCAAGGGCGACAUGCCCACGCUAACGGACAAGAACCGGGGGCGCUUCACAUUAGUCAUCUACGAGAACAUCCUGAAGUAUGUCAACCUGGACGCCUGGAACAGAGAGCUGCUGGACAAGUACUGUGUGGAGUACGGAGUGGGCAUCAUUGGCUUCUUCAAGGCCAACGAGAACAGUCUACAGAGUGCCCAGUUAAAGGGCUUUCCUCUGUUUCUGCACUCGAACUUGGGUCUGCGUGACUGCAGCAUCAACCCCAAGUCCCCCUUGCUGUUCAUCACCAAGGCACGUGAGGUGGAGCGAGGCCCACUGCCCGGUGACGACUGGACCGUGUUCCAGUCCAACCACUCCACCUAUGAGCCCGUGUUGCUGGCUCACAGUCGGACAGCUGAGACUGGGGGCCCCGCGGGGCUGGGAGGUGGGGGCGCCCUCCACGCAGCCGUGGUUCAGGACUUGGGCCUCCACGACGGCAUCCAGAGGGUGCUCUUUGGAAACAACCUGAACUUCUGGCUGCACAAGCUGGUGCUGGUGGAUGCCAUUUCCUUCCUGACGGGCAAGCGUCUGUCGCUCGGGUUGGAGCGCUACGUGCUGGUGGACAUUGACGACAUCUUCGUGGGCAAGGAGGGCACGCGCAUGAAAGUGUCUGACGUUAAGGCUCUGCUGGAAACCCAAAAUGAGCUGCGUUCCCAUGUCCCAAACUUCACCUUUAACCUUGGCUUCUCAGGGAAGUUCUUCCAUGCUGGUACUGAUGAGGAGGACCUGGGAGAUGACCUGCUUCUGUCCUACGGCAAGGAGUUUUGGUGGUUUCCUCACAUGUGGAGUCACAUGCAGCCCCAUCUCUUCCACAACCAAUCAGUACUCGCUGAGCAGAUGCUCCUCAACCGCCGCUUCGCUGAGGAGCACGGCAUCCCCACUAACAUGGGCUACGCCGUGGCGCCGCACCACUCCGGGGUCUACCCCAUCCACAUGCAGCUCUACGAGGCCUGGAAGAAGGUGUGGAGCAUCAAGGUGACCAGCACGGAGGAGUACCCUCACCUGAAGCCCGCCCGCUUCCGCCGAGGCUUCGCGCACAGUGGCAUCAGCGUUUUGCCACGGCAGACUUGUGGUCUCUUCACUCACACCAUCUUCUAUAACGAGUACCCCGGGGCCCCCAAAGAACUGGAUAAACUCAUCAACGGAGGAGAGCUUUUCCUCACCGUGCUACUAAACCCUAUCAGCAUCUUCAUGACCCACCUCUCCAACUACGGGAAUGACCGUCUCGGCUUGUACACCUUCAAGAACCUGGUGAAGUUUCUAGAGACGUGGACCAACCUGAAACUCCAGACCUUGCCGCCUGUGCCACUGGCCCAGCGCUAUUUCCAGAUCUUUCCAGAGGAGAGAGACCCCAUCUGGCAGGACCCCUGUGAGGACAAAAGGCAUAAAGACAUUUGGUCGAAAGAGAAGACAUGUGACCGCUUCCCCAAGCUGCUCAUCAUUGGCCCACAGAAGACGGGCACCACGGCACUCUAUCUCUUCCUGGGUAUGCAUCCUGACCUGACCAGUAACUACCCCAGCAAGGAGACCUUUGAGGAGAUCCAGUUCUUCAACGGGCGCAACUACCACAAGGGCAUCGACUGGUACAUGGAGUACUUCCCGCUCCCCUCUAACACCAGCUCCGACUUCUACUUCGAGAAGAGUGCCAACUACUUUGACUCGGAGGUCGCAGCACGCCGAGCUGCGGCUCUCUUACCCAAAGCCAAAAUCAUCACCAUCCUCAUCAACCCUGCAGACCGGGCGUACUCCUGGUACCAGCACCAGCGGGCACACGAUGACCCAGUUGCGCAGAAGUACACCUUCCAUGAUGUCAUCACAGCUGGACAUGAUUCCCCCGCCAAGCUGCAGGUGCUACAGAACCGCUGCCUGGUGCCGGGCCUCUACGCAACCCAUCUGCAACGCUGGCUCAGUCACUAUCACCCCAGCCAGAUCCUGGUGUUGGACGGGCAGAUGCUCAGGACGGAGCCUGCGUCGGUCAUGGAUAAGAUCCAGAAGUUCCUUGGACUCACAAACCUUCUCAACUAUCACAAGAUCCUCGCGUUCGAUCCUAAGAAAGGCUUCUGGUGUCAGCUGUUGGAUGGAGGAAAGACCAAAUGCCUGGGCAAGAGUAAGGGCCGCAGAUACCCGGACAUGGAUGCAGAUGUGAGUUCUCGUAACUUCCUGAGGGACCAGUACCGGGAGGCCAACAUCGAGCUGUCCAAACUGCUCUAUAAGAUGGGCCAGCCCCUCCCCAGUUGGCUCCGAGAGGAACUGCUCCACAUCAGGUAGCAAGAGCCCCGGCUGGCCACACUGGACAGUGUGACCGCCCCCCAAGGACUCUUUCUGCCCCCAGCGCCCGCGGGGUAUGACCUCCGCUCACACCUCCACCAGAGGCAGAAAGACUGCAUCCGACCCUCCCCACCCCAACCUCACCGCCAGCACCCUGUGGGUAGCUCAGUCAGGUGGGCUGUUGGAGAGGGAGGAGUUGGAACGAGCCUCCCUAGUCCACCGCAGGGGCCGCGGGGUGACAGUCUGUGGGUACAGGCCUCACGGUGGGGUGGGGACGUUAUGCAUCAACGAGAGGACGAGGACAGUCUGAGGGACAGGAUGAGACCCUGCUUCGGAGCGCACGUGUACAGUAAGCUAUUUUUACGGCCACAGGCCCAGAAGGUCGAGAGGACACUUGCAAAGGAGCGACUACACGCCAGGAAGAAUCGAGAGACAUGCUUUUAUUCCAUCCCCCUCGUGUCGAGAGUUCAUCUCCCAUUCUCUCUCAACCCUCCAUUUUGAAAGAGAGUUGCGCACAUACACAGAAAGAGAUGGUGAUUUGGCUGACAUUUUGCCAGUCUUUAAAAGAACACAUUAGCCAAUUCUUGAAGACUAAGUGCCAGGGUUGAACACUCACGUUAGACCCACCCCACCCACCCACUAUCAUCUACACUCAUUUAUCAAUGUUGGCCACAGGCAGUGCUUUACCGGCACGGUGUGGCAGUACGGCUGCAUGUCGGAGGGAAACGCCAGAUAACUGGAGCGCGGUACUGUGUGUCUUACAUUGCUCACCACAUCAUCUGUACGCAGGAAUUAAGCUCUCGGUCACAAUCUCUUUCCUUCAAAGGGUACACGAUAUUCAGCAGUAGGGAGUGUAGAGCAGCCGGUGCUCUGUUUGUAAGAGACAUACCAGAGGAUCCCAGCCUCUUAAAAUCCAGUGGUGCUCACAAAUGCACGGCCACAGAACAUGAUCAGAAGAUGCUCCAGUCCACUCCCUGUAACCAGAGCAGAAAAGAGGGUGGCCAUUUUGUCUAGUUUUUUGCCUGUGUCUGAUACACCACAUGCAUUUUUAGGAUUUGGCUGAACCCUUUAGUGAGACCGCAGGGGAUUUAGUUUUUUUACAGGAAUGUUGUCAGGAACAUGUCACUGUAGCUGACACACCACACCUAACGUUAGUUCACUCUUGAGGAUCGGAUGACUGACUAGACUCCCCCCCCACACACAUCUACACCAUCCACACGUCUUCACAACCCACAGCCCGACAUUCAUUUAGCAAAAACAUUAUCAAUAAUAAUCGACAGGAGUGCAAAGGAUGGUUAUGUAUUCACAGUACAACACCCCCCCCCCC